AUGCAGGCUUGUGCUCCAUCCCAUGUUCCAGCCUUUACUGACCUAUCGAAAAAGGAUUACGAUUGUUUCUACGCGCAGGUCUUUGAGAACAAGAAACCAGAGCUCAAGAAUUUCCCUGUGGGCGUUAAACAGAAGAAUUGCCUGGCAACAUGCAACUACAACGCUCGUGCCCGUGGUCUCACAAAGCUCAUGUCCGUUUCCGAGGCCAAACGCAAGUGUCCAGAGCUCGUCCUUGUAGACGGUGAAGAUCUCACACCCUUUCGUGACAUGAGUAAGACAUUAUUCAACUUUUUCAAAUCCUUCUCUUGGAAUAACAAGGCCGAGCGUUUAGGAUUUGAUGAGGUUUUCAUGGAAAACUCUUUCUUUUUCCUUUCUAAAAAUGACCCUGAACGGGGUUUCCAGUGCGAUCUAACGAGCGUCGCGGGCUGUGUCGAGGGCACAGCCUCUCCAACCCCUGACACAAAAGAACCGGCCUAUUUACGCCUCGUAUUAGGAUCUCAUCUUGCCCAGUUCCUACGACUUCAAGUGGAAGAAAAGCACGGCUUUACUUCCACCUGCGGCAUCUCAAUUAACAAGAUGCUUAGCAAGCUUGUGGGUAGCAAGAAUAAGCCUCGCAAUCAAACAACGCUACUAGCGACUACCGAGGACGAGGUGAUUGCCUUCGUAGACACCCACAAGCUUCGAAAGAUACCUGGGCUGGGAUUCAAGACUGUUCAGGCACUAGGAACCCAUGCCGGCGCUGACAUGAGUAAAGGCAUCUCUGAAAUUCCUGAGUUGAGUGAUAACCCCAUUACCGUCGCCGAUGUUCGCCUCCACCCCAGUAUCUCGCCCUCAGCUGUAGAGACUCUAUUAAUGGGACCUGGAGCAGAGAAGGGGGUAGGUACACGGAUCUGGGGCCUUCUCCACGGAGUUGACGGAACUGAGGUAAAGGAAGUCAGUGACGUGCCUAGUCAGAUUAGCAUCGAGGAUACUUACAAGGGCUUGGAUGCCAUGACACAAAUUACAGAAGAACUCCACAAGCUGUCUUGUUCUCUCAUUCGCAGAAUGAGAAUAGACCUUCUUGUGACUGAGCCUGGAACAGACACUCAGGGAGCACAAAGAUGGAUUGCUCGACCCAAGACUUUGCGCUUGUCACUCAGGUCUUGGGCAUAUUUGCACUCAGCGCAAGGCCAGGCAUAUGGCCGAGUCUCUCGCUCGGGACCCUUGCCAAACUAUGUGUUUGACUUCAAGAAUGACAUAGAACAUAUCGCAGAAAAGCUCGUCUCUGAUGCCCUGCUACCGUUGUUACGACGCUUAUCGCCGGAAAGGGGGCAGCGGUGGAAUUUGCAGAUGCUCAAUAUCUGUGUGGCAAAUAUGGUAUUUGGUGCAGCGGAUGACAAAAAGGGAGUGGGCAGGGAUAUUUCUGUCAUGUUUAAACGUCAGGAUGAAGUGCUGAAGCCUUUUCAGAUAAAAGAAGAACAAGACGUUGGAAAGGGCGAAGAGCAUGAACACCUUGUGUCAGAAGGCGAGGAUGAGGAUGGCGAAGACAGCGAGGAUGAUUGUGAAGCUUCUGGUAACAUUCUGAAGCGCGAAACAGACGAAUUCUAUCCAUCACCACCUACUUGGCGAAUUACCUGCACGGCCCAUAUCGUGCUCACCGAUGGCUCGACCGAGAUAGGGUCACACAACACUCUGAUUUGUACAUGGAUUAGCCACGAUGCACCGGGCAGCAAAGCCGAAGUAACUUGCGUCACGAUCAAGAGCUUCAUUGUCCAGGUUGGGUUAGGAUGA